AUGGGCCCCAGAUCACAGAGUAAGGGUGCACCUGUCCCACGCCAGUGCUAUGUUAGACGCGGCCUCUCCAAAAGAGCCGAAAAAGUGCUCCUUGAUCACGAGGUGACGACUAUCAACACCCUCUUCCGUCAGAACAACCUGUCGGGUUGUUUCAAGUACCUGACGCAGGUCCACACUGUAUUGAAGGACGCUGAGGAAGCAUAUGUGAAGUAUGGGCGGAUGAUGGUGAGGAUCAUCAGGCAGGCACAGUAUACUAGGAAUUGUAUGCUCGACCCGGACACAGGACGUGGUCAUUAUGGGGAAGACUUGACUUACUUCAGCCGACGGGACAAUAUGGAGGCUAAUAAGGAGCUCGAAGGGACGUCCACAGUAGAUGCGGAGGAGGUGCUCAUAGCUGCUGUUGAGCGCGUUUACAAGAGUCGUCUGGCGAACACCUCCUUGGACCUCAACGCACUGGAUAAUCACUUGAGGGAUGAGGACGCCAUAAGCCGGUUCAUAUUCGAUCGCACAACGUAUGGGGCUAUUGCGGAGAGCUUGGAGGAAUGGGGGGUUGCUGGGAAGUAUCAAAGUCAUGUUGAAAUUAUGGAGCACAAGGAGUCUAAGGUCCGUGCUAUGGAGCAGAAGUUGCAAGAACAAGUGAAGAAAGCGUUGGAGAGUCGUAGAGUGGUCCAUGAGGAGCAGGCCGCUGCUGAGGCGGUUGAGGCGGCGGCUCGGACUGCCGAGAUGGAGGAGAAGCUAGCUGAGGCUGAGGCUGCCAUACCGUACCAGCCUCGGGCAGAGACGCUUCGUAAACGCUUCGUAUUGGAUAUGUCGGUGUUCCACGACAAACGGUCACGGUCUAGCGGUGUUAGGGGGGAUCUGGAUGUACAGGGGUAUUCCAAGGCUGAGCUGGCUGAGCUAUUGCGGGUACCCGUUGAGGAGGUAGAGGACGUUGCUGAUCUACUCAGAGACGACUACCUACUGCUACCACGCGCUCGUUACCCUGAGGACAUGGCUGAGGCUAUAAGCCAAGAGCUCACCCGUCGCAGCCUCAGACAGCAUUUGCGCCGGGCUGAGGGUCGUGUUCGACCCCCUGUUAUCACAGUCAUGGGACACGUUGACCAUGGUAAGACGACGCUGCUGGACGCACUGCGUAAGAGUAAUGUCGCGGCUGGGGAAGCUGGUGGGAUCACGCAGAGGGUUGGAGCUUUUACUAUGAUCGGUCCAGCGACUGGGGAGAGGGUUACCUUCAUCGAUACACCUGGGCAUGCUGCCUUCUCCUCUAUGAGGGAAAGAGGCGCUAAUGUUACCGAUAUUGUGAUUUUGGUGGUGGCGGCUGACGACGGGAUAAGACAGCAGACUGUGGAGGCUGUGAAUCACGCUAGAGCGGCAAGGUGUCCGAUCAUAGUGGCGAUAUCGAAGAUUGAUAAAGCUGAGGAAAAUCGAGUUGAAACUCUGGAGAAGGAGCUGAAGGAACAGCUCGGUCUCGUGAGUGAAAGUCUGGGAGGAACGGUACAGGUCGUACCUAUAUGUGCACCCAAGGAGGAGGGGCUGGUGGAGUUGGAGGAAGCCAUGCUGUUGGAAGCCUCUGUUAUCGACGAGAAGGACGAGACUACUAUGCCGGCGAAAGCAUUUAUAUUGGAAUCUCGUCUUCAUCAUCGACAAGGGAGGAUCCUGAAUCUUGUUAUACGUGAUGGUACGCUGAAGGUGGGGGAGUGGGUGACGGUCGGGGAGAAUGCUGGACGAGUUCGGACCAUAUGGCAUGCAGGCCGGGAGACUUAUCCCACAGAGGGAGAUCUCGAUGAGGCGGUACCUUCUGACGCGGUGGAUGUCUCUGUGGUGUGGACAGUCACCAGUGCGAAGCAUGGAGGAGUUGUUGGUUCGGCAGGGGACUUGCUGCAAGCGCAUCCGAACCAACGAGUGGCUGAGGAGAUCGCGAAGUCUGCUAGGCUUGCUAGGAUGCAGGAGGAGCUCCAGACAACUCCACAGGACAAGGGAGAGCGUGCCGCUGGAAAACACAUUAAGAAAGUACUGUCGCGUAACGACCCGACUAUGCAGCGAAGGAUCGACGAGUGGCGAGAAAAGGAGGUGUAUAUGGACCUGAAGGAACAGGAAGAUGAAGACCAAAUCCAGAGGAUGGUGGAGGGCACGGAUAGGCAGGUUGGCGUUAUACUCAAGGCGGCUUCCGAGGGGCAGCUCAAGGUCCUCCACGCCUGGCUUGAGGAAUACUCUCAUGCACAGUCAUUCCACAUUGCGGCUGCUUCUGUGGGCCAGCCUACGGACCAUGAUGUUGACUUUGCUAGACAGACAGGUUCAUUCAUUCUGAGCUUCCAAGAGCCGCCGAAGCAGGCCAUUAUAGACCGUAUGCGCUCCGCUGACCUGGUCCUGCGUCAUAGCGAGAUCAUAUAUAGGUUAUUCCAGGACGUUGAGGACAUCUACGACUAUCACUAUGGUCCUCGGGAGAUCUACACGCGAGUGUGUCGGCUGAGUCUUGGGAAGCCUGCACCGUUCUUUAUCAAGGGCGAAGGCACUAGGACGAUCGGCCGAGCGACGCUUAGAGACGGCGUGGCGACAUCUGGGGAUAAGGUCAGCUACAAUUUACUCAGGAAAGUGGGCGGUGAUUCGUCCCAAGUUGAAGUCGUUCGAGAAGGGUUGAAACUCCGCAGUAUAACCGUGGACAGGAUGACUGUAAAGCAAGUCCCCAAGGGGCAGGAAGCAGGCAUCCUGUUUGAGGACUUUGAUGAUCUCGAGGAAGGAGAUGUCCUGGAAGGCUUCGAACGUUCGGAGCGCCCUCCUUUGUUCGGAGUACUGAAGAAGCCUCGCUUCUACCAUGAGGCUUAA